GAGAAAAUCUACAUUUCAUGUAAGGAACGCAUUGUGCUGAAUCAGUCGUUAUGAAAGUAAAGCUGAGCGCUUCUCACACACUGAAGAACUUGUACCCUGACAGGAAUAUAGACAUUUCCCAAUCUCUCUGGGUCUGGGACUCGUCGGAAAACCAAACCAAAACUGAAAGGAAGUGGAAGUGAAACAAACAGUAAAUCUGCUCCAUAUGGCGACCAACAAGAGUAAGAUGAAUCUCAGAGAAGAUCUGACAUGUGCCAUCUGCUUUGAGCUCUUCAAAGACCCUGUGAUGCUGGGCUGCAUGCAUCACUUCUGCAGGAGAUGCAUCGUGUCGUACUGGAAGACGGUUAGGGGUCCUGUGUCCUGCCCUCAGUGCAGACAAGUGUUUCCCAACAAAUGCUUCCAGACCAACUACUUAGUAGCUGGUCUUGUGGAAAAGGUCAGGGCCAGCUCCACGUCUGCAUCUGUCAAGUAUCUGGAGAAGCAAUUAAAGGACCGUCUAGAAUCGCAAGUCUCCAUGAAAGAGGCCUAUGUCACUAUGAUCCGGGAAGACAAAGACAAGAUGGAGAGAAUAAAAAAAAUGGGGGCUGAGCUGCAGGGGCGAGUGCACAGCGACUUCCAAGCUCUGCAUCACUUCCUGCGGGUGGAGGAGGAUGCCAUGUUGGAGGAGUUGAGCAGGGAGCAGGAGGAAAUGCUGCAGAGGCUGGAGCGACAUCUGGAGGCCCUACAGGUGGCCAUCAGAGACGUGGAGCAGAACAUCAACAUGCUACGACAGACUGCCAGCAGCACAGACCAAUCUGUACUUGUAGAGCUUCCAGAAUUGAAUUCCAAAUCGCCUCUGCAAGAGCUGAAUAUCAACCUGAAUACUUUCAGAAGCAAACACAUUGCUCCUCUUCAAUACACUAUGUGGCGAAAAAUGUUUCAACAUUUGAAUCCAGGCCCAGCACCACUGAUAUUUGAUGAGGACACCGCUCAUCCCAGUCUACAACUAUCCAGGAACAAAACCCAAGUCAUUGAGAGUGACAAAAUGACCAAUUACACGUGUGAUGCCAAACGCUUCCUUCAGUGUGUCAACAUUCUUGCAACAGAAGGCUUCCAGUCUGGCAGGCAUUACUGGGAGGUGGACGUAAGUAACAAUCCUAAAUGGGACCUGGGUGUUGCUCUGGAGUCAGUGAAUCGUCAGGUCAGAGUCAAGCUGUGCCCUGAGAAUGGGUACUGGACCCUCCGGCUGCGCAAUGGCAGCCAGUACUCAGCCGGCACGCAGCCCUGGACGCCACUGACUGUGAUGACCCCACCUAGCAGGAUUGGGGUUUUCCUGGAUUUUGAGGAAAGGAAAGUGUCUUUUUAUAAUGCAGAUAACAUGGCGCUGCUGUGUUCCUUCUCCAGUGGGCCAAGAGGAAAAGCAUUCCCCUUUUUCAGCACGUGCCUCAGUGAACGCGGUCUGAAACCCCAAGCCAUCCGCAUCGUCCACUUCCCCUUUGAGUGUCCAUCAGAGAUGUAAAACAAGGAUAAGAGUCUGCAGGCUAUAAUGAGCCCAUGAUUUUUAGAGGUUUUUGAUAUUUAACAUUUGUCAUCACUUUUGAUUCAUUAGAGCCGUGGAGCUCUCCUGACGCUAAUCAAUCAUGAGGUGAAUUUAUUUUGUUUAUUUUCCAUCAAACAGACAAAAGGGACCACACAAAAUGUUCAAUAGAUUUUUGAACCAGAUGCCUGAUGGUCCCAGAGAUCUGAUUUUGCAAGGAUAAUCAAUGUUAAUUAAUGACAGAAACUACAUUGCCAUGUUACCCUCAGCUAAACGUUUUUAUGUGAUUCUGAAAAAAUGACAACAGCAUACUUUGAUAUGUAUAUUGCACAAUAUUCUUAUCUUCAAUGCCUUUAUAGAUAUGUAAAGUAAUUGUAGAUAUUACUUGGAAAUUAAUUAAAAUACUUUGUUCUUUUCA